GAACGAUGUCAAAUUUGAUUGGGUUCACUUCUUUAUCGUUGCACUUAGCGAUGGCACUCGUUUUUCCCAUCUCCGUUUUGCCAUCCCCAUUAUGCAUAUCCUUGCUCAUUGCAAAAUAGACUUUACUCGGGACACUCAGGUGCCGGUCAAGAAGACGUGUUUCAUCACUGAAGCUAAGUUUUCCCGGAUCGUGUAUCGAGAGGAGGGCGAUGCUGCACCAAAUCUGGACCUGAUAAUCGCCGAAGAAGAAGAAGAGAGCCAAAACGAGACUCAAGCUGAGUCAUCUCAAGCCGGAGGAAGUCGAGCAACGGAGCGCGUCACUCGUCAACGGAGGACUCGUCCAAGAGAAGAAGCACCGGAACCUUCUUGGGUGAAGAAGAUCUUCGAUACUCUCACAUGCAUCCGAGAUGACGUUUGUCAGCUCAACGAGAGGAUGACUCGUCUUGAGCAAUCUCGCUCCUACCGUGGCCCGCGUCACAGUUUUGGCGGAGGAGCUCGUCCGGUGAACUCUCUUUGAUUGUUAUUUUCUUUUCCUCUUGACUGAUUAUGAUACAUUGUUAUUUGUUACGACUCUUUUGGUGGAUGAUGAUGUUUCCUUUCGUUGAUGCUAGUUGAUAUUAACUGCUUGUGUAUUAAUAUCAUUGUUGGUUUGGCAAUAUUGUUCUUAUUUAGAACAUAUUGUCCCUUUGUGGCAUUUUUUAAGAGUUCUCUUUUAAAGAAAACUCUUGCCAUUUU